GCAAAACCCAAAAUAGGUGAGGAGCAGUGUUGGAGCUGCAGUGGAUAGUAUAAAUAUAUUCAGCCUGAACCUCGUUAGAGUCCUACACAAUACUUCUGCCAUUGGUUCCCUUAUAAGCUACCCUCUGCCCACUCUCUGUUUCUAUCUAUCACGCCAGCCAGCUGCAGCAUGUCCAGAUCUUCAACUAGACCCAACAGUGCCUACCCUUCACGUAGCGGCACUCCAUCCUUAAGAGACGUCGUCCACGGCGUCAUGAAAAUCUUCCAUCACGAGAAAGAAUCCGAAGCUCAUCAAAUAUUCCGUCAACAAGUCGGACAUCAGCCUAAGCCCGCCCUAGGCCUUCCUCAGACUAUCAACCCUGAUGAAGAAACAGUCCCUGGUAUCGAGCACCCUGGCAGUACUGGUGUUAUUUACUGUUCAGAUCGUGCCAUAGCGAACGGUUUCAACUAUGCUAAUUCUCACGAAUGGGCAAACUUGGGCCAGGGUGCCCCAGAGGUAGGCCCUAUCCCAGAUGCCCCACCCCGCCCACAGAAUAUUCCCGUGCCUGAGGAUUCUUUGGAGUAUGCCCCCACAACGGGUGUUAAAGCCCUUCGUGAAGCAGUAGCGAACCUUUACAAUGAUAAUUACCGUAAAGGCAAAGCAAGUCAGUAUACAUACGAAAAUGUCUGCAUCGUACCCGGUGGACGUGCGGGGCUCUCUCGUGUUGCGGCUGUCAUUGGGGACGUUUACUGUUCAUACCAGGUUCCAGAUUAUACCGCCUACGAUCAAGUUCUAAGUGCAUUUAAGCGACUCGUACCUGUUCCCACGGCAUUGGAUCCCAAGAAUAAAUACCGUCUUGAUAUCGAACAAACCAAGAAAGAUAUCCUCACUCAAGGCCUCGCCGUCGUCAUUGCUUCGAACCCGAGGAAUCCGACGGGGCAAGUAAUUGCUGGCAAAGAGCUCAAAGAGCUCGUUUCGCUCAGCCGGGAGAACACAACGAUCGUUCUUGAUGAGUUCUACUCCUGGUACAUAUACCCCGACAGCGAGAAAGACAUCGGAAAAAGUAUCUCUUCGGCCGAGUAUGUCGAGGAUGUAAAUAGUGAUUCUGUAGUUAUCAUUGAUGGGUUGACCAAGAACUGGCGCCUCCCAGGUUGGCGUGUCUGCUGGGUCGUCGGGCCCAAGAACCUCAUCACCGCACUUUCGCAAUCGGGUUCAUUCCUUGAUGGGGGUGCGAAUCACCCCUUGCAGCUUGCAGCCCUUCCACUCCUUGAUCCAGAACGUGUCAAGUUAGAGAAGGCGUCCCUUCAAAGACACUUCAAAGCCAAGCGGGACCACGUGCUGAAGCGCUUGCACGCGCUCCAUUUGGACGUGGACGUUCCUCCCCAAGCGACGUUUUACAUCUGGUUGAACUUGGAGAAGUUGCCUCCUCCGCUUAACAAUGGUUUGACCUUCUUUGAAGAACUCCUGAAAGAGAAAACGAUUGUGAUUCCGGGUAUCUUCUUCGACAUCAACCCGGCGCACCGUAGGAACCUGUUUAACAGCCCGUGUCAUCACUACGUGCGGUUGUCGUUUGGGCCGCCUAUAGAGGAUUUAGAUAAAGGUAUCGACGCUAUCGGUCGGGUGGUUGCUGCUGCAAGACAAGGGGGCACGAAGAAGAUGGGACACAACUAUAAGAAGAGCUUAGAGAGCAGCACUGGAAUCAACGUCUAAAUCGCGAUACUGCCCCCCCUCCUCCCCCUGGUGGUCGUACGCCGCUGGUAUUAGAAUGGUUAGAGAUGACUGAGAAUGGAAUAGCAAAAGGUUUGGACAGUAUAUUUAAUUAUGAAACAUGUCGGUUUGUUUGCAUCAUUCUCAGUAGGCCAGUCGUGUAUAUAGCGUCAACCAAUCAUUCACUGUUUAGACUUGUAUAUAUGUAUAGGAGUGUAGGUCAGAAAACGAGAUGUAUUAUAUUGGGGAAUGGCAAAGUUGAGUACAA